AUAAGUUUACCAUCAGAAGUAGGAAAUGAUAACCAAACCAAAAUAACCAAUGGCGCAUCUCCUCUUACCCUUCCUCCUGCUUCUGUCCUCAGCAUCUGUUCAAGCUCAACAAAACAUAGCCUUGGGCUCGUCCUUAACACCCCAAGGGCCUAGCAGCUUUUGGCUCUCACCAUCCGGCGACUUCGCGUUCGGCUUCCGGCCAAUUGAAGGCAACUCCUCCUCCUACCUCCUCGCCGUCUGGUUCAACAAGAUCAGCGACCAGACGGUGGCUUGGUAUGCCAGGAGCACAGAUCCAGAUCCAGCGCCCGUACAAGUUUCAUCCAGUUCACGCCUCCAGCUCACCUCUGGUGGGGUGCUCUCGCUCCAGGACCCCACCGGCACAGAGGUAUGGAAUCCCCAAGUUGUGGGUGCAGCCUACGCUACCAUGCUAGAUGUAGGAAACUUUGUACUAGCCGCUGCAGAUGGCUCACCCAAGUGGGAGACUUUCAACAGCCCAGCAGAUACCAUCCUGCUCACUCAGGUGCUCACCACCCCAAAGACCCUUCGCAGCCGGAUCAUCGCUACUGACUACUCCAGUGGCCGGUUCCUUCUUGACCUGCAAAAUAAUGGUGUUUCCCUUUGUCCCGUUGCUAUGCCGUCUGGUUACCAUUAUGACCCCUAUUGGUCCGUGGAUGGGAACACCACAAUGCUGGUGUUCGAUGCCACUGGCAGGAUAUACAUCUCCUUUGAUGACGGCACACAAAUCAAUAUGACAUCAGGGGUUAUCAGCUCCAUGGCUGACUACUACCAUCGCGCCACACUUGACCCAGAUGGUGUGUUCCGGCAAUAUGUGUACCUAAAGAUCGGCGACCAGUGGUCUUCGGCAUGGACAGUUGUUGAUUUCGAGCCAUCAAAUAUCUGUGAAGCACUACUGCCAAAUGUUGGCAGCGGCACAUGCGGGUUUAACAGUUACUGCAAAUUCGAUGGCACGAACAACCAGACAUCCUGCUUGUGCCCACCGAACUACUCAUUUUUAGAUGAGGAGAGGAAGUAUAAAGGCUGCAAACCAGACUUCCAACCACAAAGUUGUGACUUGGAUGAAGCAUCUGCCAUGAUGCAGUUUGAGUUGAUAUGGGCAAACCAUGUGGAUUGGCCUCUAGCUGACUAUGAGCAGUACUCCCCCAUAACUGAGAAUGACUGUCGGCGGCUCUGCCUGAGAGAUUGUUUCUGCGCCGUCACUGUGUUCCAUGACACUGAUAAUACAUGUUGGAAGAAGAAGAUGCCUUUAUCAAAUGGCAAAUUGAUGGGUGAUGUGCAGAGGAAAGUUCUUCUCAAAGUACCAAAGAACAACAAUUUACCAAAGAAGAACAAUUCACAGUCUGAGCUUGUUGGUUCCAGCAAAUGGAAAAAAGAUAAGAAGUACUGGAUCCUUGGAAGUUCAUUGUUUCUGGGAAGCUCUGUCCUGGUGAACCUUCUCCUGAUCUCUGUUCUCCUUUUCGGUACUUACUGUACUAUCAUCAGAAAGGAAGCCCCGUCUUUGCAGUCAUCAAGCAACCUAGGAUUGCCCCUGAAAGCCUUCACUUACGCUGAGCUCGAGAAUGCAACCAGCGGAUUCCAGGAGGUGCUUGGUACUGGUGCGUCUGGUAUUGUGUACAAGGGCAACCUACAAGAUGAGCUCGGGACCUGCAUCGCUGUCAAGAAAAUUGACAAGCUCCAGCACGAGACAGAAAAGGAGUUCACCAUGGAAGUCCAAACUAUUGGACGGACACACCACAAGAACUUGGUUAGAUUGCUAGGAUUCUGCAAUGAAGGAAAAGAAAGACUAUUGGUCUAUGAAUUCAUGACAAAUGGAUCACUGAACAGAAUCCUUUUUGGUGAUGUCAGGCUUCAGUGGAACCUUCGAGUUCAGAUUGCCCUAGGGGUGGCAAGGGGGCUGUUAUACUUACAUGAGGAAUGCAGCACACAGAUCAUCCACUGUGAUAUAAAGCCCCAGAACAUACUUGCCGAUGACAACUUCACAGCAAAGAUCUCAGACUUCGGCUUAGCUAAACUACUCCGAACCAAACAGACACAAACAAACACAGGUAUCCGGGGUACCCGAGGAUACGUUGCCCCCGAGUGGUUCAAGAGCAUCGGUAUCACUGCCAAGGUGGAUGUUUACAGCUUUGGAGUCAUCCUGUUGGAGCUCAUCUGUUGUCGGAGGAAUGUUGAGUUGGAGGCUGCAGAAGAGGAUAAAAAAAUACUUACUUACUGGGCAAAUGACUGUUACAGGUGUGGCAGGGUUGAUUUUCUGGUGGAGGGUGAUGACGAAGCAAUUUUGAAUCUGAAGAAGGUGGAAAGGUUUGUGGCAGUGGCCUUGUGGUGUCUCCAGGAGGACCCAACCAUGAGACCUACAAUGCUAAAGGUGACACAAAUGCUUGAUGGAGCAGCUGCAAUUCCCACACCUCCUGAUCCUUCUUCCGUUGUCAGUUCACUCCAAUAGUAUCACUCCUGCUUACUGUAUGAUUAGUAUAAGUAUGAAGCAACAUAAGGGCGUAGUAAGUUAGAUAUAGCUAUUUCUCUGCGUGCUCUAGUGACCUCUUUAUUUUUGGCUCCCUAUAUUCAAAUCACCUAUAUUUUACUACUAUCAUGUAACUAGCAAAUUGAACCGUUAUAUUUUUAAUGGUGUAAUUUGCAACGGCUAUUGUUUUUAACGACGUCUUUUUGAACAGCUAUAUUUCCAAAAGCUAUAUUUUCCAACGACUAUAUCUCUAAUGGCUAUAUUUUUCGGGUCUAUAUAUGGAAUGUCAUUCGCCUAGUUGUUGAACCAAGUCAUUGGCCUUAUAGUUUCUCCUCUACUCGAAAUGAGUCGUCCAUCUUUCUUAGAUUCAUCAUCGUCGUCAGAUGAUGAUGACAAUGAACUCAUUCUUUCUAUUUUACACCUAUGCCACAUUCAAUAUGAGUGUAUGAAUGCUCCAUGACAUGACAGUUCUAUACUUGGACGUCAAUAU